AUGCCAAGGCUGAGUACUGGUUACCUCCUACACCAGGACAUGAUAAAUGAAAAAACUGAAUUGGAGGAAAUACUUGAGGAGGCUGAAUUGGUGACCUAUUCUAUGGAAUUACUUUUGCCAUUAUUUAAGGACACUGUUGAAGAAAUUACUUUUAAAGAUGCUACUCUCUCUGAAUCAAAUUUGAAGAUUUCUAAACAGAAGGAAAUAUUAACAAAAGAAUUAGACACUUUCACAAGAGUAAAACAAGCUUUAGAACACCAUCUUAGGAGGACAGAGUACCAAAAAAAUGGGAAUGGCUUUUCUAUCAUGUUAGAGGAGCUAACUGAUAAUGAAAAUGAGAAUACGAAUCUUCAGAAGAAGAUCCUUGAAAAGGAGACCUAUAUUCAAGAACUUUAUUCUUUAUGUCAGGAUGAAAAAGCAAAUGCUUUGAAAGCAAACCGUCUUUCACAUUCUGUAAAAGUAGUCCAUGAACGACUACAGCACCAAAUUCAUAAAAGAGGAGCAGAGAAUGAUAAAUUGAAAGAACAUAUCAAGAGUUUAGAAACCAAGAUAUCUGAAUGGAACUUGCAGCUGAAAAGGAACAAGCAUGCAACUGUAACAAUGAAAGAAUCUAGUAAAAAAAAAACUAUAGCACUAAAAAAGGCGUCUAAAGCUUAUAAACAGAGGCUGGAAUAUUUUACCAAGAACAUGGAAAAACUAACUUCCCAAAUUAGAGACCAAGAUGCCAAGUUGUCUGAAACAAUUUCAGCUUCCAAUACCUGGAAAAGUCGUUAUGAGAAAAUUGUAAUAGAAAAAACUGAACUGGAAGUUCAUAUUGAAACAAUGAAAAAGCAAAUUACUAAUCUUUUGGAAGACAUUAAGAAAAUGGAAAAUGAUGGAAAAAACUCAUGUGAAGAAAUUCUUAGAAAACUUAACUCAAUUGAACAUGAAAAGGAAACUUUGACUCUUGAGAACACAAAAUUAGAGACUAUACUUUCUACUUUGAAAGAUGAGGUUGUUUCCGUUGAAAAUGAACUUUUAGAACUGCAAGAAGUAGAAAAACAACAGAAGAUUCUUAUUGAAGAGUAUAAAACUCAGAUGCAAAAGUUGCAAGAAGCAGCUGGAAUGGUGAAAAGUAGAUUUGAAAAUUUGUUACAUGAAAAAAAAAGAAUAACAAAAAGCAAAACUAAAAAAUUAGGGAAAGUUGAUGAAAAUAAAAAACUUUUGACAGAGCUUUCACUGGAAGAGGAAAAUUAUCUUAUUCAGUUGAAGUGUGAAAAUCUUAAAAAAAAAUUAGAACAGAUGGAUGAAGAAAAUAAGAAGCUUGAAGAGAAGCUGGCAAACCAAGAAGAAUGUCUUAAGCAUAGCAAUCUUAAGUUUAAAGAGAAAUCUGCAGAAUAUACAGCAUUGACCAGACAACUGGAAGCUGCUUUAGAAGAAGGGAGACAAAAGGUUUCUGAAGAAAUAGAGAGAAUGUCUUCCAGAGAGAAGGCUUUGCAAAAUAAAAUAUUAGAUCUGGAGACUGAACUUAGGAAGAAAAAUGAAGAGCAAAAUCAACUUGUGUACAAUAUGAAUAGUAAAGCACAAUAUCAGGAAGUAUGCUUGAAAGAAAUAAAACACAGUCUUGAAAAGUCGGAGAAUCAAAAUGAGAGCAUUAAGAAUUAUUUACAGUUUCUUAAAACUUCUUAUGUAACAAUGUUCGGAUAAAUUGUUGAACUUAUUUUUGAAAAAAUAAGUUUUUACAAUUG